AUGAGGAUCAUGAUCAAGGGAGGCGUGUGGAAGAACACGGAGGACGAGAUCCUCAAGGCGGCCGUGAUGAAGUACGGCAAGAACCAGUGGGCGCGCAUCUCGUCGCUGCUCGUCCGCAAGUCCGCCAAGCAGUGCAAGGCCCGCUGGUACGAGUGGCUCGAUCCGUCCAUCAAGAAGACCGAGUGGACAAGGGAAGAGGAUGAGAAGUUACUUCAUCUUGCUAAACUCAUGCCUACUCAGUGGAGGACAAUUGCACCUAUUGUAGGUCGAACACCAUCUCAGUGUCUUGAACGUUAUGAAAAACUGCUUGAUGCUGCAUGUGCGAAGGAUGAAAAUUAUGAGGCUAAUGAUGAUCCUAGGAAGCUGCGGCCUGGCGAGAUUGACCCAAACCCUGAGUCAAAGCCUGCACGUCCUGAUCCUGUUGAUAUGGAUGAAGAUGAAAAAGAAAUGCUUUCUGAGGCUAGGGCCCGCUUAGCUAACACUAGGGGUUUUUAUGAUACUGUUGGUGAAGACAGGCCACUUGAACAUGUACAGUUUCCAACAACCAUUGAGGAGCUUGAAGGGAAGAGAAGAGCAGAUAUAGAGGCACAAUUAAGAAAACAAGAUAUCGCCAGGAACAAGAUCCUGCAGCGACAGGAUGCCCCUGCUGCUAUAAUGCAAGCAAAUAAACUAAAUGAUCCAGAAGCUGUCACAAAGAGGUCAAAGCUAAUGCUGCCGCCUCCCCAAAUUUCUGACCAUGAGUUAGAGGAGAUAGCAAAGAUGGGCAAUGCUGGUGAUCCUGCUUUAGCUGAUGAGCUUGGUGAAGGAAGUACUGCCACAAAAACCUUGCUUGCCAGCUAUUCUCAGACUCCAAGGCUUGGUAUGACACCAUUGCGAACUCCGCAGCGAACUCCAGCUGGGAAAGGUGAUGCAAUUAUGAUGGAGGCAGAAAAUCUUGCACGUCUUAGAGAAUCACAAACACCUCUAUUAGGAGGUGACAACCCAGAGCUUCAUCCAUCAGAUUUCUCUGGUGUUACACCACGUAAGAAGGAGAUACAGACUCCAAAUCCAAUGGCAACACCUUUGGCAAGCCCUGGCCCUGGUAUUACUCCAAGGAUUGGUAUGACACCAUCCAGAGAGGGGCACAGCUUUGGUUUAACACCGAGAGGAACUCCUUUUCGUGAUGAACUUCGUAUAAAUGAAGAGGUGGAAAUGCAGGACAGCACUAAACUUGAGCUUCGUAGGCAAGCUGAACUGAGGAAAAGCCUGCGAUCUAGUUUUGCUUCUAUUCCACAGCCAAAGAAUGAGUACCAGAUAGUCAUGCCACCUAUUACGGAGGAUGAGAAAGAAGAAGCUGAAGAGAAAAUUGAAGAGGACAUGUCAGACAGACUGGCACGAGAAAGGACUGAGGAACAAGCUAGGCUUGAGGCAUUGCUCAGAAAGAGAUCCAAAGUGUUGCAGAGAAGUCUGCCUAGGCCACCGGCUGCUUCAGUAGAGAUUAGACGGCAAUCUCUUAUUAGAAGUGGAGAAAACAGAAGCAGAAGCACCUUUGUGCCUCCUACAUCACUUGAACAAGCUGAUGAACUAAUAAAUGAGGAGCUCUUUAGGCUUCUUGAGCAUGAUAAUGCAAAAUAUCCUCUUGAUGAAAAAACUCAAAAAGAGAAAAAGAAAGGAAGCAAGCGUCAGCAAAAUGGAGGACCCCUUGUCCCUGAAAUUGAUGAUUUUGAUGAAGAUGAACUAAAAGAGGCUAGUUCUAUGGUUGAAGAGGAGAUUCAAUACCUUCGAGUUGCCAUGGGUCAUGAAAAUGAAUCGUUUGAGGACUUCGUGAAAGCACAUGAUGCAUGCCAAGAGGACCUUAUGUUUUUUCCUACCAACAAUAGCUAUGGUUUAGCUAGUGUUGCUGGAAAUGCAGAUAAGAUUUCUGCUUUGCAAAAUGAGUUUGAAACUGUGAAGAAGCGAAUGGAUGAUGAAGCUAAGAAGGCUUCUCGGCUUGAGCAGAAGAUUAAGCUUCUGACACAAGGAUAUCAGGUACGGGCUGGAAAAAUGUGGUCACAGGUCCAAGAUACAUUCAGGCAGAUGGACACUGUUGCAACAGAACUCGAAUGCUUCCAAGAGCUGCAGAAACAGGAACAUCUUGCUGCUUCAUAUCGAAUCCUAAAUUUGACUGAAGAAGUGAAUAAACAGAAAGCCCUAGAAAGGACCCUCCAGAGCCGCUAUGGUCAGCUGGUUUCUGGUUUCCAGAGGAUCCAAGAACAGCUUGAGGAGCACAAGAAGCGACUCAAGGUACAGGAGGUAAUAGAAGCCGAAAAUCGUGCUCAUGAAGAGGAAGUUGCGGCACCGAAUCAUGCUGCUGAGGAAGAGGAUGAAAGGAAGCCUCUCAGCUCUGAAGAGAAAUCACAGCAAACAAGUAGAGCUACUGAUGAAGAAGCUGCAGGAAGCAAGGGAACCACCAAAGAUCAAAUGGAUGUGGACAGCGGGAAUGGAGACGGAGUCGUAGGCCCUAUCCCACCAACACCAAACACUGAAGGGGAUAAUGAUGAAGUAUCAAUUCAGGAUAACACUUCUAACACUCGGAGUAGUGACUGUACCUCCACGAAGGAUGGGGCUGACAAGAUCAAUCAAGUCAAGUUAGGAGGUCAGGAUAAAGAAGAUGACAAUAUGGCUGUUGAUGCUGGCCCUCGGGAAGAGGGCAAGGAUGAACUUGCACCUGUUGGUGCCAGCAUAAGUGAAGAAAACACCACUGUAUCUUCGGAUCAAGAUGUCUCAAAGGAUGGUGAAGGCAUGGCUCCUGAAUGA